CUGUCACUUCAUCUCUCUUCGGUCCAAAUAUUCUCAACACCCUGUGGUGGAAGGUGAAUAAAUUAAAUGAAAUGAUUAGUUACCUUAAGCUCCCUAACGACAUGUAAUUCCCCAUAGCUGAAGCCUAUGUCACAAAAUACAGCCUCAAAAUUUCUUUUCCACCAUGAAAAUCUUUAUGACUAUCCCAAAUAUCUGCUAGAAUGCUAUUCACAGUCCCUGAUUCACCUACAUAUAUAUAUCACAUAUUAUGUCACUGCUUUUAAGGUCUCAGAGAUUCAUUGUUUCGGCUUAUUUUGGUCUUUGCACCUUGUGGAUGAGAGUAACGUUGCCUGCACUUGUAACUGAAAUUGAUUAUUCAAACAUCCAAUAUUUAUCUCUUACCAUUAAAAAAUGUCAGCAAUAUUUGUAUUUAUUUUAAUCAUGUCCACCGAGGUCAAAGUUCACCUGGCGAACUGUAGGUCUCACAUUCCUUCUGGGUGGCUCGACCUGGCUCAUUUUUUAUUUUCAGACUCUCUUCUUGGAACACAGAACGUGCUGCUCUCUUCGCCUUCAAAUACUACGAAAUUUUUUUAUAGGACAUCUCAAAGGCACGUCCGGUUGGCCACGCUAACCUAUAUACGGUUAAACAAAAUCAACAAAAUUGGCAUUCUGGCUUUUGUACUACGUACAAUUCAGGUCAAAUAAUAACAUUUAAAAUUCCAUUCCUAACAGUACAAAUAUGUUAAAUGUCCCCUUAAGCGAUCAUACACCACAUACAUUUACGUCAUACUACAAACUAUUUUCGUGCGCAGUUACAGAACAAACACGCUUCUUUUCUCUUCGGGAGACGUAUAGGCCGGUGUGGCCAUCCACACACCAGAGCGCACCAGAGACACCAGAUCACCAGAUCGAUCGCGGUGGCAGUGGCGGCCGUGAAGGCCGUCAGAUUUUUCCCGUUGUGUUUUAUAGCCGGUUAUAGACGGUUAUAGACCAGGCAGCGUUCUUGCGCGCAGGGUUCUACUCCGCGGUGGCGGUCGGUGGCGAUUAGUUGUCGAGUUUGACUGCUGCAUGCGUCGUCAUCAUCAACUACGUCUGCGAAAAGUAACGUUUUUUCCAGACGAGAUAAUAGAUGCAUCGUGUACGAUGUUCUGAUUACGCGAUUUUUCGAACUGAUCGCUACCACCACGGUGUUGGUGUGAGAAGACUUUAUCGCCACCGCGACCUGACCGUGAUCGCUCUGUUGUGUGGAAGCCUUAUUGGCUGUCAUGGCAACAGUAGACAGCUUCUUCAUUGCUACGACGACAUAGAAACAAAGCACGUUAAAUUUACGAAAAAUUAACAGAAAUAACUCACACACUGCUCUUGCUUCCUUAUUAGCGUAUUACAGUCAGUUUCUUCGUUGUAAGACGACGAAAUAUUAUUUAAAGUUAAUUCAGAUUAUAGUUAUGAUAAGGAUAUCCAUAAUGUUGGCAAUCGUACGGCCAAAGCAAUCGAAAGCAAUGAAGUGUGGGUAGUAGAAUACUACGUUAAUCGCACAAAACUUUACAUCCCUACGAUCCAUAUGAUGGAACCAAGGUCGAGGUGAAGAACUGCUCGUGCCAGUUAACAUGAACCAUUGUAACAUAAGAAGCUUCAUAGCAUCUUCAUGUAUCGGUUGCCAGGACCUAACAUCCCACAUUAUUUUGUGUUUCCAUAAUAUAUAAUAUUGUGACAUGACGGCGAAAGUCGGAAUAGUGGAACUUUAAGAGGCCGUGAUUGCUAAGCAGGGGCACGUGCGGCAGCAGAUACAGACGCAAAUGUAUUAGAAGCGAAAUUGUCUAUGCUGGCGUUUGUGACAGCGCCGCUGUAGACCUGUUUCCGCAGCAACGAAUCAACUCGCCAACAGUAAACAGUGUUUUCUGUGUGGUCCGCCCUGAGUCUCUAUAACUGUAGCUAUAGCUAAAUAUACUUGCACUUUGCAAGCAAGAACUGGGAGUUUGUGGGUUGUGGUAGCCAAGAAUUGUACUACAGAGAAUUGGAGAAAUAUUUCCUGCUGUAAGAAAAAUGAUGAGCCUUAUGGAUAUCGAGAGAGUACGAGGUCUGUGUAGUGAGAUAUGCCCAUCAUCUUCUCAUGAUGCAUAUCCACCCAUCGGUAUAAAAGCUGAGGUAAUUUCAGAUGAAGAAGAAGAGGAAUAUUCUGUGCUGAUCACAAUUCCAAGAAUAGAGGUCAAACCUGAGAACCCUGCAGAUUUUGGGAAUGUGCGAGGUCUGCAUAGUGAAACAUGCCCAGCUUCUUCUCAUGAUGCAUGUUCGGCUGUCAGUAUAAAAGCUGAGGUACUGUCACAUGCAGAAGUGGAGGAGGAUCCUGUCCCGCUAACUUUUGUAGGAAUAAAGGCUGAACCUGAGAUUAUACCAGAUGAACUUCAACCUGUACACGGUGAGGAGUGGCCAUAUUCCUGUGAUGUCGGUAAUAAAUCUUGCAGACAAAUGUAUAAUCUGAGGACACAUCAGCCCAUAUGUGGUGUGGAGCGGCCAAUUAGCUGUGAUGUGUGUAAUAAGUCAUUCAGUGAACAGAGUACUCUGAAGAAACAGCAGUGCAUACAAAGUGGGGAGAGGCCAUUUUGCUGUGGCUUGUGUAAUAAGUCAUUCAGUUGGCAGAGUCAUCUGAGGGCACAUCAGCGCAUACAUAGUGGGGAGCGACCAUUUUACUGCGAUAAUGGUACAUGCAACAAAAAUGAUGGGUUCUAG